GCAGUGCGCUAUCUCUGCGUCGCUCAGAGCUGGCGCCCGCCGCACCGCGCAGGUGGGUGGGAUCGCGGCGGAGAUAGAGCGCCCGGGCCGGGGCGGGAGAGCGCCAUGGCAGCGGCAUCCAGUCCCCGCGCCGCGGCGAGGUGAGGGGCUGCUGCUUCACGGCUGAGGAGGCCACACCGCCCACUUGCUUUCCACGCGGGACGCGGCUCCGGCAUGGCCGGAAUCAUCAAGAAGCAGAUCCUGAAGCACCUGUCCCGGUUCACUAAGAAUCUUUCCCCAGACAAAAUCAAUUUGAGCACCCUGAAAGGGGAGGGUCAGCUGACCAAUCUGGAGCUGGAUGAAGAGGUUCUACAGAAUGUGCUGGAGCUGCCUACCUGGUUAGCCAUCACUCGGGUCUACUGCAACAAGGCCUCCAUCCGGAUCCAGUGGACAAAGUUGAAGACGCACCCAAUUUGCUUGUGUCUGGAUAAGGUGGAGGUGGAGAUGAAGACAUGUGAGGAGCCGCGGCCUCCCAAUGGACAGUCUCCCAUUGCCCUUGCUUCAGGACAGAGUGAGUAUGGCUUUGCUGAGAAGGUGGUGGAGGGGAUGUUCAUCGUCGUCAAUUCCAUCACCAUCAAGAUUCACGCCAAGGCCUUCCACGCUUCUUUUGAAUUGUGGCAGCUCCAGGGCUAUAGUGUGAACCCCAAUUGGCAGCAGAGUGACCUGCGUCUCACCCGCAUCACCGACCCCCGCCGAGGAGAGGUUUUAACAUUUAAGGAAAUAACUUGGCAAACCCUUCGGAUUGAGGCAGAUGCUACAGAUAAUGGUGAUCAGGACCUGGUCACCACCCCACUGAGGCUUAUUACCAACCAAGGCAGGAUCCAAAUAGCCCUCAAGAGAAGAACCAAAGAUUGCAAUGUGGUAGCCUCCAAGCUGAUGUUCCUGUUGGAUGACCUGCUCUGGGUGCUGACUGACUCGCAGCUCAAGGCUAUGAUGAAGUAUGCAGAGUCACUGAGUGAGGCCAUGGAGAAGUCAGCCCAGCAGAGAAAGAGCCUGGCCCCUGAACCUGUACAGAUCACCCCACCUGCUCCCAGUGCCCAGCAUUCCUGGGCCCAGGCAUUUGGUGGCAGCCAGGGCAGCAGCAGCAACAGCAGCAGCCGGCUCAGCCAGUACUUUGAGAACUUUGAUGUGAAAGAGUCCUCCUACCACCUGCUCAUCUCCCGCCUGGACCUGCACAUUUGUGAUGAUAGCCAGUCCCGAGAGCCAGGUGUCUCUGCAAACAGACUCAUGGAUGGCGCCAUGCAGCUUACCUUCCGCAAGAUGGCAUUUGACUACUACCCCUUCCACUGGGCAGGCGACAGCUGCAAACACUGGGUACGGCACUGUGAGGCCAUGGAGACCCGAGGCCAGUGGGCCCAGAAAUUGGUGAUGGAAUUUCAGAGUAAAAUGGAGAAGUGGCAUGAGGAGAUGGGUCUGAAACCUCCCUGGCACCUGGGGGUAGACUCUCCCCUCCAGAAGAAAGCAGAUUCUCUCUCCAGUACUCGAAAGAACUCGCUUGAGAGAAACCCCUCUCAGGGAAGAAAGGCUGCCUUUCGGCCUCCAGCAUGGAAUCGCUUACGCUCUAGCUGCCUGGUAAUACGGGUGGAUGACUUGGACAUCCAUCAGGUUUCUACAGCUAAACAGCCCAGUAAGAAGCCAUCUACACUCCUUUCCUGCAGUCGGAAACUUUACAACCUACCCGCUCAGGUCUCCGCCAUUCACAUUGAGUUCACAGAGUAUUAUUUCCCAGAUAAUCAGGAGCUUCCAGUUCCCUGUCCCAAUCUCUACAUUGAAUUAAAUGGUCUGACAUUUACUGUGGAUCCUGUCAGCUUGCUCUGGGGAAACCUCUUCUGCCUGGAUUUAUACCGCAGCUUGGAGCAGUUCAAAGCUAUCUACAAACUGGAAGAUUCCAGCCAGAAAGAUGAGCACUUGGACAUCCGACUGGAUGCCUUCCGGUUGAAGGUAAGCUUCCCGCUGGAGAAGAGAGAGCAGGCUGGGCUGCAUCGGCCCCAGGCCCUAGUCUUCUCUGCAUCGUCCAUGACUGCCACCAAUACGCGUCAUACCCCACACUACAACUGUCCAGAUCUCCACAGUCUCUUCCAGGGUUUUGCUGCUGCUGAGUUCUUUCAUUCCAAUUAUGUUCAGUUCCCCAAGGUUCCAGGUGGCUUCAGUCUCCUGCAUAUGCUUUUUGUGCAGCAUGCCUUCCAGAUGGAUUCCAGCCUCCCUCAUGCUAGCACCCUCCCUCCCCAGAGGCCUACGGCUUCCCAGGAUCUCUGGUCCAUCCACUUCCCCCAGAUCUCCUUGGACUUUGAGGGAACAGAGAACUUCAAAGGCCGUACCUUGAAUUUUGUGGCCCCCUUCCCCUUGUCCCUUUGGGCCUGCCUACCCCUGCGCUGGCAGCAGGCCCAGGCACAGAAGCUCCUUUUGGCCGCAGAAGGGAGGCUGAAACCAUCAGCCAGCUUUGGCAGUACUGUUCAGUCUGGGGCCCUAGCCCCUGACACUGUGUCCCAUCUGAGGUCAAAGACUGAACAUGAUUUGAAAAGCCUGUCAGGUUUUACUGAAGUCAUGGAGACUCUGAGAGAAGGCGGCGGUGGUGGUGUGGAUAUCAAAGAGCCUCUGACCGAGCUGCAGGACACGGCAGAGGUUCACAUGCUUGUACACUCCCCUGACCAUGUCCGAGUGAGGCUCGACCACUACCAGUACUUGGCUCUGCUCCGCCUGCAGGAGGUGCUCCAGGGUCUUCAGGAGCAGCUGAUGAAGGAUACAGAGGCCAUGACUGGGUCUGCCAUGCAGGACCCGACAGCUUGCAUUGGGGUCCUCUUCCCCAGCGCUGAGGUGGCUCUGCUCAUGCAUCCUGCCCCUGGUGCUGCCGAAGCUGAUUCUGUGGGUUUAGAUACCACCAGCCUCAUAGAUUCGGAGCUGUCUCCUUCCGAGGAUCGGGAGCUGAAGUCUGAUGCCUCCUCAGACCAGGGCCCAGCAAGCCCUGAGACGUUUCUGGAGGACAGUGGCAUUGGAAAUCUGGAUGCAGCCCAGGAUAGGUCACUGCCUCUCUAUAGCCAUGGAGAGCUGCAGCACUCAGCUUCUCUUGCACAGCAGUGGGCAGGGAAGGGCCAUGAGGCAUUCGAUUCGCUACAGGCCAAGAGACUAAGCAGAGCCCAAGCAUCCAGCUCACCAGCUGCCCUGAAGCCCCCAGGUGUUAGGGAUACCACUGUGAAUGGACAGAGUGAGCUUGCACCCCUGAAGAACAUUGAGGGAGAAUUGUCAAGUGCUAUGCAUACGACCAAGGAUGCCACCAAGGAGGCUCUGCAUGCCACCAUGGACCUCACCAAGGAAGCUGUGUCUUUGACCAAGGAUGUCUUAGGUCUGGGCAAAGACCGAAUGAGCUCCACCAUGCACAAGAUGCUGUCCCUGCCCCCAGCCAAGGAGACCAUGGCCAAGAUAGAGGAGAAGGUGGCAGCCCCAGUGAGUGGAGGUGGUUCCCGACUCCGAUUUUUUUCCAUGAAGAGGACAGUGUCUCAGCAGUCAUUUGAUGGUGUCUCAUUGGAUAGCAGUGGCCCUGAAGACCGGAUUUCAGUAGACAGCGAUGGUAGUGAUGGGUUCGUGAUGCUCAUGGAGUCUGAGUCUGGUUCAGAAUCUCUUCCACCAGGAUCUCUUCCAAGUGCCCUGGACAGUGCUGGUGUUCAAGGGAGCUCCAUCGUGGAGAGUUGUGGACAGGGGUCACCAGGGGCCAAUAGUUUGGCCCCACCCAGUGGGGAAGACCUCCACCCUCACCCGGUCUCGGUUCUGGUGCUGAAGGUAAAUGAGGUGUCUUUGGGGAUUGAGGUACGUGGUCAGGACCUGACUGUGGCCCUGCAAGCAGAGGAACUGAGCCUGCAGCACCUGGGCACCGUGGGACUCUGGCCGUUCCUGCAUGGACAGUGCCCGGGUACGAGCUUUCUAGAAUCCUCAACUUCGAAGACUUGCCACAUCAGGCCAGCUGUGGGCCUUCGCUUUGAGGUGGGGCCUGGUGCAGCUGUUCAUUCCCCCCUGGCCACAAAGAAUGGCUUCCUGCAUUUAUUGCUUCAAGGCUGUGACCUUGAGCUGCUCACCUCAGUGCUCAAUGGCCUGGGGCCCUUCUUGGAGGAUGAGGAGAUUCCGGUGGUAGUUCCCAUGCAGAUUGAGCUCCUGAACUCCAGGAUCACCCUGAAGGAUGAUAUCCCCCCCAUCUACCCAACGUCUCCAGGCCCCGUGCCCAUCACUCUAGCCAUGGAGCAUAUUGUGCUGAAGCGGAGUGAUGAUGGUGUGUUCCACGUAGGCGCUGCUGCUCAGGACAGACCAUCAGCUGAAGUACCUAACAGUGAAAAGAGACAGCCCCCAAAAGAACAGGUGAAAGAACUGUCUACCCUACAAAAGGAACUUAUAGAAACUAAACAAGCAUUGGCCAAUGCCAUCCAGGAUAAAGACAAACUUUUCCAGGAGCUUAGGAAAUAUAACCCCUUCUUUGAGCUCUGACAGCUGUGGCUCAGCCAUCUGUGCCAAGGAGAGGCAGUCACCAGCAACAUCAGCACCCAUGACAGACGGCAGCCUCCAGUGUUGAAUAAGUUGAGCUAAGGAUGCCAGAGGGACCGGGCGUGCUUAACUCCUUUCUGCUAUGGGUUGUCACUGGGAUAGCAGAUAGGGCCAAGCAUGACCAUGUUCCAGGAAAUUGGGGGCAGCUUUGUGCGUGGCUCACGCAUCACGUCUUGCUGUUGGGUCCUCUGCACACUAGGUGGCAUCUUCUCCACACUGUAGGCCAUUUCACUGCAUGGUUUCAUGACAGACAUUUGCUUCCUCCACAACCUGUGUGAACAAGGGGAAGUGCUCACCUCCUCAGUCACCCACAGAGCCACCAAAGAUUCUCUUCCUAGAGCUUCCUGUAGCAGACCUGAACAGUCCUGCCUGAGCUCCGGCCACGGGGUAGAGUGGAAUAGGAAGCAGCCAGCAAGGCGGAGUCAGGAGGGGCACGAGAUAAGGGAGACCGGGACCCUGCUUUUUUUGGAAAGGGAACCAAGCUCAUAUCUUCUUGGCUGAUAUUACAAUCAGAUUUUUCAGGGUUCAGCUUCCUUUGUUAGGCUUUGUCAUUGUGAGGCUGUGGUAGAAAGUAAACAACAGCAGCUUUCCCUUCUGUAACACAAUUUAUUUGAAGUUUAAGUCAAAAUAAUAAUCACUCUGGGUUAGGUGGUUGAAGGCAUGAUGUGGUAGGGAUGAGCGGGGAGCUUGGUUCUGAGCCCCAGGUGCCUGCCUAGAAUGCUGCCUCUUCUGCGGCUGCACCUCGGAGGUGCUUUCCUGUCUCCCCAGGGCCCCCGGCACAGCUGUUUCCCCAGCACUAUGACUUUCUACCAGCACUCUCCUUAGCUCUUGGUUUGGGAGCUGAAAGUGUGUUUUAAACUAUAACGUAAACACCUUAGUCUGUUGCACCCCACUCCCCUCUAUCACUGUGGCUUUUAAAAUUAUGUAAUUUUGACUUAAAAAAAAAUACCCUUCAUCCUAGCUAGGUUUUGACACCUGCCCCCCAAAAAGCGCAAUUUCCUCCUCUCUUUCCUAUCUAAUUCUUCCUUAACACUACCUUCAUCUAUACUGUUUUGUGUACUUCAGACUGUGUUGAUUGGACAGAAACUCAUCAGCUAACUCACCUUGAAUCUGCAGGAUGGUAAAUUAGUGAUUUAGUAGUGUCAGUAAAGUCUUAAUCACAUUGACCUAUUGAAGGAAAGGUAAAAUGUUUCCCUGUGGGAAAUCAUGCCCAACUUAUAUAUUAUAGAUUUUUUAGGAUAAAAAGAAACAUGUGUUCAAGAAGGAACAGUAUCUAAUUUGUUCAGACUUUUAAAGAACUUUUGUCAAGUUCUUCAUUAAGGCAGUUUAAAAGCACCAGUUACUGUGAGAUUAUGGGAAUAUUUUGUCAUGCUUAGGAAACAACUUAGAGGCUUAAGAAUAAACAUGUUUCUGGAAAGACUGUUAA